CUGCCCAGAGCCUCUUUGAGUGUCUUGGACGGAGAAAAACCAGGACAGUCGAAGAACUUGAGGCUUGGAAAUCUCUGAAAACUUGGAUUUUGUGAGAUUUUGCGUCUUGAAGAUUGGGGGGGAAGUGGUUGGGGAGGGAGGCAGCAUGUUGCCUGUGACGCGCAGCCAGAGUGUCAAGGCUCAGCCAGGGCCCGUCUCCAGGGAGGGUAAACGGAACUCCUCCAGCAGCUUCAGUAGUGAGGUAUGGUCGUCGCUGGCGCUCUUGACCUCCUUGCCCAGGGCACACUUCUCCCGCAGGAAGCCCCAUCACCUCCAACACCAGCGCCACCACCACCAGCAACACCUCCAACAGCAGCAGCAGCAACAGCAGCAGCCACCGUCCCGUUCCUGCGCACCCCGGCACCACUGGGUGUCCUUCAGCAUGAGCUCCCGCGAGGUCCACCUCAGAGCAUUGAGUGAACUACAGUCGGCCGCCUCGCGCCUCCCCCAUCCAG